CUUGAACAAUAUUCGACCAUGUCUAUGGACUAGGGUUGCAUUCACAAUGCUUGAAUGGAUUAGAGCAAAAGCAAUGGAUAGGCAUGUUAAGCUUAGAAUUAAGAUGGAAAGUAAGCAAGGUUUACUUGUACCAAAAGUACAUGACAAAUUAAAUCAAGAGUUCAGAAAAGCAUGUCAUGGACAACAAAAUGGAGUGGAGAUAAUCAACACUCUGUUUUCCAGGUUUUAUUCUUUCUCUUAAUAACUGAUUUAAAUUAUGGGUGUCUUCACUAACUCUAUUUAUACAAUAGGUUUCCAAGAGGCCACAUCAAUAUAUUGUUAAUGUGGAUGCAGCCUCUUGCACAUGUAGGACAUGGGAUCUAUCAGGGAUUCCAUGUACACAUGCAGUGGCUGCUAUUGGUUGGCUUCACAAGGAUCCAACUGACUUUGUCCGUACUGCUUAUACAAGGGAGACAUUCAUGCGGAUUUACCAACAUAAUGUGCAGCCAACAAACGGACAGAAUUUGUGGUUAUCCAGAGGAUGUGACAAAGUCAUUCCUCCACCAAUGCAGGUUGUAGAUGCUGGAAGACCAAAGAAGAAAAGACGACGUGAGCAUGAUGAGCCUAGAUCUGGUACACGGUUGCGCAGACGAUAUCCCAAGGUCAAAUGCACUUGUUGUGGAGUUGAAGGGCAUAAUAGAAGAAGUUGCCAAAAUGAACCAUUGUCACAGCAAACCACUGAGCAUAUAGGAACUAGUGCUUCUGCUAGUGCUGCUGGAAGAGGUGGUGGUAGAGUUGGUGGGAGUGGUGGUGGCAGAGGUGGGUGUACUUCUGAUGUAGGCAAACUUCCUGUUAGAAGGCCCAUUAUGAACAAUGCUUCAUCCAGUGAUAGUGCCAUUUGAGAACAGACCAAAUGCUUACAACCCAACUAUAAGCCCUGGAAAGGGUAACAAAUCUCGUGCAAUAAGGAGGUUGCCACUAACAAUUUCAACCAUUCAGGGAGCAACAUCCAAUGCAAGGUAUACUGUUAUGUGGAAUUCAAUUCGAGAAUCAAUGACUGCUGCGAGGAAGGCUGCAUAGCACGUAUGGAUAAUAUAUUUUGGAUAAUAUGAUGCUAGUUCUAACAAGUAUUUUGGACAAUUAGUAUAUGGUGCUAAUGAUAUGUAGCUGUUAUGGAUUUUUGUUAUUAUCAAAAUUGGUCUCAUGUUAGAACUGUGUAUUUUGGGACU